AUGGAGGGCCUGAAAUCAACAAUGAAGAACAUGGAAAAGCAAAUAGGGCAAAUCGCCCAAUCCAUGUCCACAAUGGCCAAGGGUGGAUUUCCGAGCAAUACCGAAGUCAAUCCAAAAGAAAGCUGUCAAGCCAUAACCACCCGAAGUGGUCUGCAAAUGACCGAUCCUCCUUAUCCGACUGACGAGUCACCAAGGCCACCUGUACAACCGACCCCGGUCGAGCCGGAAAUCACCAUUUCAAUGAGUAAUACAAAAGAGGCUAGUAAGCCCAAUAACAUUUCUUUUCCUGAUAAUCCCCCUCUUAUGAUAACUCCUAUUCCUUUUCCAGAAAGACAGAAGAAGAAGAAGUUCAAGGAUCAAUUGAAAAAGUUCAUUGAAAAAAUCAAACAGAUUCGAAUCAACAUCCCUUUUGCAGAAGCCUUGGAGGUAAUGCCAAACUACACCAAGUUCAUGAAGGAAGUCCUAUCCAAGAAAAUUCGGAUCGAAGAAGACAUACCAGUGACACUCACGGCAACUUGCAGUGCUAUUCUUCAGUCGAAUCUACCACCGAAAAUGAAAGAUCCAGGGAGUUACACUAUUCCUUGCAUUAUUGGAAAUUCUACUUUCGAUAAAGCUUUAUGUGAUUUGGGGGCUGAUCGUUCAUUGAAAUAUCCCGAUGGGAUUGUAGAAGAUGUGCUAGUUAAAGUAGAUAAAUUCAUUUUGCCUGUUGAUUUUGUGGUACUUGAAAUGCCUGAAGAUGAUGAAGCACCAAUCAUUUUAGGUCGUCCAUUCUUAGCCACUGGUAAGGCGAUGAUUGAUAUGGAAUUAGGAUCUUUAAUGCUUAGGGUAAAUGGGGAAUAA